AUGGAGGGAGCCAUGGCAGCAGCGCGGAGCAAGGGGGUGCACGUGGGGCCUGACUCGGUCAGGGCCGUGGGGCUGACCAAUCAGAGGGAGACAACUGUCGUGUGGCGCAGGAGCACGGGCGAGCCUCUGUAUAACGCCAUUGUGUGGAUGGACGUGCGCACGAGCGCCCUGUGCCAGCGAUUGGAGCAGCAGCUUCCAGGCGGACGGGACGAGGGGAGGGGCGUGACGGGGCUGCCACUCAGCACCUACUUCAGCGCCCUCAAGCUGACGUGGCUGCUGGAGGAGGUGCCAGCUGUCAGGCAGGCAGUGGAGGACGGCGAUGCGUUGUUUGGCACCAUUGACACGUGGCUCAUCUGGAACCUGACAGGUGGUGCGUGUCACGUGACGGACAGCAGCAAUGCCUCCCGCACGCUGCUCAUGGACCUCAGAGCGCUGCAGUGGAGCCAACCCAUUCUCGAGGCCCUGAACAUUCCCAGAAGCAUCCUCCCCAGCAUCAUUUCUAGCGCUGAGCACAUCGCCCCUAUAGCCUCGUCCUGGCCACUAGCAGGGGUGCCGCUAUCGGGCUGUCUGGGGGACCAGCAUGCUGCCAUGUUGGGGCAGCGGUGCUCCCAGGGGCAGGCGAAGGCCACCUUCGGCACGGGGUGCUUCAUGCUGCUCAACACAGGGCCGCAGGUGUGCGCGUCUCAACACGGCCUUCUCAGCACAGUGGCUUUCCAGUUGGGCAGAAGGGGAGAGAGCGGAGGAGGGGAGGCCAGCAAGGCGUCCAGAGGGGAUACUGGCGGGGCGGGCAGCAGAAGUGCAACAGAUGCGGAAGAUUGCAGAAAAGAAUCAGGUGGUAGCAUUGGUACAAGUGCCAGUGGCGGCAGCAGCAGUGGCGGCAGCGGCACAUGCUAUUAUGCCUUGGAGGGCAGUAUAGCCAUAGCAGGCGCGGCAGUGCAGUGGCUGAGGGACAACCUCGGGAUCAUCGCCAGCACCAGGGAAGUCGAGGCUCUGGCGGCCUCUGUGCCCAACACGGGCGGGGUUUACUUCGUGCCCGCAUUCAGUGGGCUCUUCGCACCGCGGUGGAGGGAGGACGCGAGGGGUGUGAUAGUGGGUCUGUCGCGCUUCACCACAAGAGCGCAUAUUGCACGAGCAGUUUUGGAAGCGAUUGCAUGGCAGACCCGGGAGGUGCUAGAUGCAAUGCGGUCUGAUGCGGUGCACUCAGGAGCAACAGGAGUUGGGAGCGCCGGCAGCAGCAGUGACAGCAACAGAGAAGGAAGUGACGGCAGCAGCGGGGAGGGCAGCAAGGAGCAGUUUGUGUUGAGGGUGGAUGGAGGGGCGUCAAUCAACAACCUGCUUAUGCAGUUACAGGCUGACUUCCUCGGAUGCCCGGUGCAGCGACCAGCAGACAUCGAGACAACAGCGCUGGGAGCAGCACUUGCUGCAGGCAUAGGAGUCGGGCUGUGGAGCGAAGAGGAGGUGCUUGGUGGGGCGGUUGGGGAGGAUGGGCAAAGUGCAGAGGAGGGGGGGGCAGCAGGUGCGGGGAGAGGGGUGGUGUUUCUGCCUUUAAUUACUUCGGAAUCAAGGGAGCAGAGGUUUGCAUCGUGGUGCAAAGCGGUGGAGCGAUCGCUUGGACUCUCUGAUCUCGUAUGA